AUGGAGGCUACCAUAUCCCCGGGCAGACAUCUCAAGGGAGCCUCUUCAGUAACCAGACAGAGUGGUCGUCCUACUUUUGACUGCAUACACUUACAAAGUGUACAGUAUGCACAUCCUUUUGAAAAACCCAUAGGUCUUUGUGACGAAUCUUUAGAAGAAAUAGUAGGUGGUUGUUUUAACUGGUUCUCCAUAAAGCAAAAAGAUAUUUGUGUGGCAAAGCGGCAACAGGCUAGGGAACUCAGUAGUCCACUUGUACUUCAGUUUCCGUGUGACGAGUAUGGUGCACAUUCUCGACCUUUAUAUUUUUCUGUUUUUUAAGGCGCAGUUCAUUUCUGGUCAUGUGUUUUUGCAAGGUAGUAGUUUCAUACAACAGAAAAACAGCCAAGUGGUCGUGCUGUUGCUGUCAGAUGAACGUAUCCUGUGUACACAAAGCAGUGUUCAAAUGAUACCUCUACCAAGAAGAGCGGCAUCUAAUUGAGGAUCCAACAACUGAAACUCAACAAGACUACGAAACAGGCGAAGAGAUGGAAGAGGACACAGAAAGCAUAGGUUUUGAGAAGUCGUGCGGCUUAUACCCCGCAAUAGGUAGCGGCCUCAAAGAUGCUGUGGAAUAUCAGAUGCAGAUAAGGGUACCUGCCGCACUUAAGGGCAAGCAACUAGACGAAUUUCCGUCUUUUCUUAAACCCAAGGAGGAAGAAUGCUACUAUUGCCACACAUCUCUCAGCGGCCCUUACAAAAUAACCAGUCGAGCCAUGACCAAAGUUUAA